GAAGCAUUUACCUGCGGGAAGCAUUUGCCUAAGUGUCCUCCGCCCUGGACAGAGAAGUCAUGCUGAGAGGAAGCCCUGUGUCUCUAAGAAAUAUUGAAAAGCCUUUAGCUAGAUGACGGCUUUCUCAGCAUUGCUGGAGGAAAACAAGUGAACUUUGCAAAAACAACAUUGACUAUUAGUAAAACUUACCCUUGGAAGAAAGGUUUAUACCGAUAAAGUUCUCUUAAACUUUCUCCCCUGCUCUGCAUUUGAAUGAAUAGUCAGACCCAGAGAGAAGCCUUAGAACCGUAAGAAAUGUGGAGACAUCCUCAGUCAGGAGCAAACCCUCCUUCAUCCAAACUUUCGUAUUGGAGAUAAACGCUGUGAAUGUGAUAAAGCUUCUAUUCAGAUGUCACACCUCAGUCAGCAGAGGAUUUUAAGUGGGGGAAGCCCCUUUGCCUGUAAGGUAUGUGGAAAACUCUUUAGCCACAAGUCGAAUCUUACAGAGCACGAGCAUUUUCAUAAUAGAGAGAAGCCUUUCGAAUGUAACGAGUGUGGGAAAGCCUUUAGCCAGAAGCAGUAUGUCAUUAAGCAUCAGAACACUCACACCGGAGAGAAGCUGUUCGAGUGUAAUGAUUGCGGAAAAUCCUUUAGCCAGAAGGAAAACUUGCUUACCCAUCAGAAGAUUCACACUGGAGAGAAGCCUUUUGAGUGCAAAGACUGUGGGAAAGCCUUCAUUCAGAAGUCAAACCUUAUCAGACAUCAGAGAACUCACACGGGAGAGAAGCCCUUCAUAUGUAAGGAGUGUGGGAAAACCUUUAGCGGCAAAUCAAAUCUUACUGAGCACGAGAAGAUUCAUAUAGGUGAGAAACCCUUUAAGUGUAAUGAGUGUGGAACAGCGUUCGGCCAGAAGAAGUACCUGAUAAAGCAUCAGAACAUCCACACCGGAGAGAAACCGUAUGAGUGCAAUGAGUGCGGAAAGGCCUUCUCUCAGCGAACGUCACUCAUUGUGCACGUGAGAAUUCAUUCAGGCGAUAAGCCGUAUGAAUGCAAUGUAUGUGGGAAAGCCUUCUCUCAGAGUUCGUCUCUAACCGUGCAUGUGAGGAGUCACACAGGUGAGAAACCCUAUGGCUGCAAUGAAUGUGGGAAGGCCUUUUCUCAGUUCUCAACCCUGGCCCUGCAUCUGAGAAUCCACACAGGUAAGAAGCCUUAUCAGUGCAGUGAGUGUGGGAAGGCCUUCAGCCAGAAGUCCCAUCACAUCAGACACCAGAAAAUCCAUACUCACUAAACGCUCUGUGAAUGUCUUCAGUACGGGGAAGUAUUCAUUAGCAGUCUACACCUCGUGGUACAUCAUUUGGUCAUUCUGAGGCUGAGCACCAUAAAUUAGCCAAACAUUUAAUGUACGAUGCUGUGAACACUGGAGAACUCCUACUGAAGGGAAAGAAGUGUGUGUGAUCAAAAGCCUGCACUCGGCAAAGCAGCAGGAAAGAAAAGCAGUGCUGAACCGUGAACACGGUCGUCUACAAUGGAGACUGGCAAACAGGUCCUGCCGACGGCUGUCAGCGUAGAUCUGCAGGUCUUCACAGUUAGUGAGGACAGACAUUAGAGAAUGCUAACUACAUUUACCAGGACUUAGAAUAUGAAAAUAAUUGCUUCAGCUGAACACCAAGACUAUGUUUGGAGGUAAAUUAUUCUCUGAGGAGCAAACCUGCACACCACAAACUAUAACCUGAUAGUAAAAGUAAAAUAUAUGGAUAUUGAAAGUAGAAAUAUAGAAAUGCUGUACAUCAUACAAGGUUGACUUUGGAGAGGGAAAACAUUCCUUGUAACAUUUGAAAAUACUUGGGAAGUCUCAUGAGUAUUUAUGCUCCGGAGGCGAGGCACCAGGAAAUUUACCAUGACUUUAGUUUAGAGCAGCCCAGAGUUAGCACUGAACUGCCGGUUGGGACUGGAUGAGGAAGCACUCGGACUCCUUCGCAGACAUUGGCAGGUGCGGCAGCUGGGGUGUGAGUGACUGGAGGACGGAAAGUGCUGUGGGGAGACUCAGUUUACAGGAGGAUGCGUACAGUACAGUGACUCUCAAGUUAAACCUCCUCCGAGCUCCUGUCACGGCACAUGUGCACAUGUAUGUAAAUGAGAUGCAUCGGAAGGAUGCGGACCAACUGCUGAGAGUGAGGAAGGGAGGCGGGAGGGGGAGGGCGGGCUUCAGCUUUCAUACAAGCAUUCGUUCUCUUAAAGACGCAGGUAAAUAUAUGAAGAUAUUGGCUAAUUUUCAGUUGUGUUAUAUGAAUAUCAUGUCUUAUUUUUUGUACUUUUCUGUAUUUUUCAAAAUAAGAACGGAGGUAAUGGCGGGAACUCUGCACCUGUAGAGCUGUUAUAGUUGUUUAAUUCCCAAUCAAAUACUGAGCUUUUAUAGAGAUAUUUCUAAAACUUUAACAUGACAGUGAGUGGAUGGACUUGGCACUCUAUGUAAUGAAAUUAUCUAUUUUAUUAAAAUUUAAAAUGACAGCAUA